CAUCCCUCCACUAAACGACUCGUUCUCAAGAAAGGGAGCUUGCAUCUUGGAGUUGUAGAAAGAGAAGAUGGCUUCCUUCCUCAGCGUUCUAUUUGUUCUUCAUGCCUUAGCUUUCCUUGCUGCCUAUCCUCUUUUAGUUGCCUCUCAGGAAGUUGAGGAUGAAAAGGAAUUUGAUUAUCGGAAAGGGAGCGUGAAGGGUCCGGAACACUGGGGAGAGCUUCACAAGGAGUGGAGCAAUUGCAGCCGUGGGCGCAUGCAGUCGCCCAUUGAUCUGUUGAAUGAGAGGGUCGUGGUGUUGCCUCACUUGGGCAGACUCAGGAGGACCUACAUGCCCGCAAAAGGAACCAUAAAAAACAGAGGCCAUGAUAUCAUGUUGAAAUGGGAGAGCGGAGCGGGAGCCAUGUACAUAAACGGGACAGAGUUCUUUCUGAGACAAUUGCAUUGGCAUUCUCCCUCUGAGCACACGAUCAAUGGGAGGAGAUACGACCUGGAGCUCCACAUGGUCCAUCAAACCGAAGACAACCAGACUGCUGUCGUGGGAAUCCUCUACAAGAUCGGCCGCCAAGACACCUUUCUUCAGCAGUUGAGCGAUGAGAUAAAGAAGGUUAUCGACAAGAAAGAAGCGGAGAUGGAAGCGGGCAUUUUGGAUCCUAGGGGAGUGAAGAUUGGGAGUAGGAAGUACUACAGAUACUUGGGAUCCCUCACCACUCCUCCAUGCACCGAGGGCGUCAUCUGGACCAUAUCUAAGAAGGUGAGGACAGUUUCCAGGGAGCAGGUGAAGUUGCUGAAGGACGCGGUCCACGACAAUUACGAGGCUAAUGCGAGGCCAGUACAACCUGCCAAUCGAAGGCCCAUCUACUUCUACACUCCAAGAUUCAAUGCAUAUGUACCGCAUGUCUGAGUUCUUUUCUUUUUUGAAACAGAUAAUUCAUAUUCUUCAUGUACUGAUAGUAAAAUAAACAAAUCCCCUGCUCCUGUCUUGGUGGUUGCGACAUGUCAUUAUUAUCACUGUUCCUUAUGUUACUUCUUCCCCAUAAUUUUUUCUUUUUGUAAUA